CAUCAUUCACUAAAGGUCUCUGUGCUUCCUGGCUUCAAAAACUUGUCCUUAUCUUCUGGUCCUUUCAAUCCUCGGCAGGUUCUUCAAACUCUUAAGCGAUGUCAAGAAGACCCAAUGCUGCUCGCCGUAUUGGAGAUGGCGGGAGCAUUCCUUUUGUCGGGGCAUUGCAUUCCAAGGCCCAAACUUCUCCACUAUUAUCCAUUGGAAUUUUUGUUGUGGGAGCAUUGCUGGUUGUUGGUUAUCUUUAUCACAGUUCAGGUAGCAGGAGUGGUGACAUAAAUAGUUUAAGUAGACUUGAAGGUGGUGUUUCUUGUACUCUAGAAGUUCAGAAAAUAAUACCUAUUCUGAAGAAAACAUAUGGUGACAGCAUGAAAAAGGUAUUGCAUGUUGGUCCUGAAACCUGCUCGGUGGUCUCUCAAUUAUUGAAACAAGAGGAUACAGAAGUCUGGGGUAUAGAGCCUUAUGAGUUAGAUGAUGCUGAUGCCAGCUGCAAGAAUCUAGUUCGCAAAGGCAUCGUGCGAGUGGCUGAUAUCAAAUUUCCCCUUCCGUACAGGCCUAAGACAUUUUCCCUCGUCAUAGUUUCAGAUGCAUUGGAUUACUUGUCUCCUAAGUAUCUUAACAAGACUGUUCCACAGCUAGCGAGGGUAGCUUCUGAUGGCUUAGUUAUAUUAUCUGGUUACCCAGGUCAGCAAAGAGCUAAAGUGUCGGAGCUUUCCAAGUGGGGGCGCCCGGUAAUUGUCAAAAUUUAUUUUAUUUUUGGCACUUAUUAAUAGGC